AUGGUGGAGACGUUUAAAGAGGGGGGCGACAUGGAUUUUCAACAUGGCUUCGUAUUGAAAGUGUGGUGCCUAGAUGACUACCACAGCGGAUCCAUCCUAGCAGACCUUGUUACAGUCAUGACGACCCUACCCGAUUUCUAUCACCUCACAUCGAAAGAGUACGACCUCGAAUUGCGGAGAGCGACGGAAAGCGACGAUGACGACAACGGCCCCGACGAUGACGACAACGAUUCCGACGAUGAUGAUAGCAAUCACGACGAUAACGAUAGCAACCACGAUGACGAUGAAAGCGACCCUGACGAUGGUGAUAGCGACCUCGACGAUGAUGAAGCGUUCAGCAGUGGCAGCGAUAGCGACGACUCUUCCUUGGAUAUACCCUUGAUCAUCAGGCCACCUUCCUAUUCCAAAAAGACGCAAACGGAAAUACUACAGUGGAGGCCUAAACUAUGGUCGAUACCCACUCGUGCCGAGCUCGAAGCGAUAUCAGAGUUUCUACCUCCAUGGCCUACAGCAUCUUAUCGUCCUCAUCUUGACGACGAUUACGUGCCCAACGUGUACUUUUCUGCGGCAACAGUAGCUAUUCGCUUUUUCCAAAGGCUUUCUUCAGAGAACUGCCAGCAACUACGCAAGAUCGUCAUCCAGGAGGACCAUCCAAGUGUAGCAUCACCGAAAAUACACGGUCAGGGUCUACUACCCUUCUGCCUAGCGAACCCCAAAGUUCGAAUUGAGCGUAGGGUGGAUGUUUGGCGCACCGAAUUCGUGUACAGCAGCAACCAUUUCGAUAACCAUGCAAAAGGAAUAGUAAUGAUGAUUGGCACGUGGAUCAACGAGGUCAAGAUCUUGUAUCAAAUGGGUAUGCCUGCCGAGUGCUUCACAUUAGUCCUCCAUGGCCCAUCCGAACAAGCAAGCCAGCAACUCAGCGAUGCUGUCGUCAGAGCAGCGAUAUGGCUAGAAGGUACCGUUGAAAUUGCUCGGCGAGAGCAGCGUCGGUUCCUUCCCUCUGAAGGUAUAACCGAAGACUUCGUGGACGUCAUCAAGGAGAUGAUACGCGGGGAAAUACCAGCGAGGUUCGAUGCGGAGAUGGGCGAGGUAUGGGAUAUAGAGAAGAUCUUGAGCGAGCACGUAGGGGACUGGCCCAGCAAGGUCAGCGAUGUCUUCCGUCUUCAGGAUUUCGAUGAGCCGGAUGGUGGCUGGCACGCGGCGCGUGAAGCGUACAAGGAGCUAGUUUAA